AAGAUGAAAUAACAUUAGCAUAUGUAAAUACAUGAACCUAUAAACACACACUCUCACACACACACACACACACACACACACACGCACACACACAACCCUGUUCAAAGCCCCAUGUAUAAAGUUGUACACAUUUUAAACUUCAAACAAAAGAAUCAGGUGGUUGUUAUGGGAACCAUCUCUAUCCUGCUGUUUGCACAUCACCCCUACACGAGAACCACACUUUCCAGACUUAACAGUUUUAAACUCCCCCCUGCCCCUGAACGCAUCAUUCCUCCACUGCCAACGUCAGCCGGAACCAGGAAAUGUCCAGCUUGUUGUGAGUUGUCGCGUUGCUUUUAGCUGUUUCUAUUGUUUCUUUCUUUCUUCUUUUUUCUUCUUCCUGACUCACAAAUGGCGAGCCCCAUGGGACCGGGCCUCUGGUCCUCGGCGCUGCUGCUGCUGGUGCUGCUCGGGGCGGCCGGUGCCGUGUCCCAACAGGGAAAAUGGGUCGUGAACAUCGACAGCGGCACUCUGAAGAAGCCAAGUUUAUUUUUCUUCACUAAAACUCUGUACAACAGCAGCUCCAUCCAUCUCCGACUGGUGUCGGAGACCUGUAACUCCUCGUCACCCGUCCUGCUGAACGUGUCGUGGUAUCUGAGGAACUCGCACUGCUUCAAAGAAGUCGUCAGCCUAAACGCAGACAAUGCAGGAGAUUACUUCAAGUCCACGAAGGUCAAAGAAGGAGGAGGAAGUGGAUAUUAUGUCUUUCAUCAAUAUCCUGCCAUCAUCUGCAAGCCCAACUUAGGCCCCGACAUGUUUGGCCUGAAUGAGUUUGAGAUGAAAACCCGACUGACGGAAGUGACGCCCCAACAGCCAACCGCAGAGAAGACUCCAGGUCGGAGGGGAAGGCGUGAUGCACCUACGACAGGAUUUGAAGCUACUGCAGGUCAGAAGAUUGGGGAUUCUGCCAAAAAAGGAAAAGCUUCCAUCCCUCUUCAAGGGAUGGCUGCUUCUCUUCAUUUCGAUGUGGUGGCCGAGACCUGGGAGGACGGACCGUACAUGUUCAUCCUGAGUGUCCAAGAAGUCAAAGACAAGAGCAGGACCCCUGACCCCGCGAACCCUCCCACGCCCUGGACGCUACAAUUGCAGAUCAGCAUGAUGGGUCCUCAUGACUACAUAUCAGCCUCCGAGUGGCCGAUGAUGGUGUUCUACAUGGUCAUGUGCAUCGUGUAUGUGCUGCUGGCGGUGUUGUGGCUGGCUCUGUCGGCGUGCUACUGGAGGGAUCUGCUCCGGAUCCAGUUCUGGAUCGGAGGAGUCAUCUUCCUGGGCAUGUUGGAGAAAGCCGUCUACUACGGCGAGUUCCAGAGCCUCAGAUACGAAGGCUUGUCGGUCCAGGGGGCGGUGGUGUUUGCCGAGGUGCUCUCUGCGGUGAAGAGGACUCUGGCCAGGGUGUUGGUGAUCAUCGCCAGUCUGGGCUACGGCAUCGUGAAGCCGAGGCUCGGCGCGUUGCUCCACCGAGUCGUCGGAGUCGCUCUGCUCUACUUGAGCUUCUCCAUCAUUGAGGGGAUGCUCCAAGUCAACGCUGAUCGAGGCCACUACACCAGCAGUAGAAUUGUGUGUGACAUCGCGCUGGCCUUCAUCGAUUCCUGUAUUGUGUGGUGGAUCUUUGUGAGUCUGGCUCAGACGAUGAAGCUUCUGAAGCUGAGGAGGAACGUGGUGAAGCUCUCUCUCUACAGACACUUCACCAACACGCUCAUCUUCGCUGUCAUCGCGUCGAUCAUCUUCAUCAUUUGGAGCAGCAAGACCAUCAAGGUGUCUCAAUGUCAGUCUGACUGGAGGGAGCUGUGGAUAGAUGACGCGUUUUGGCGCUUAUUGUUCUCCAUCAUCCUAUUGGUCAUCAUGUUUCUGUGGCGACCAUCAGCCAAUAACCAGAGGUAUGCCUUCAGUCCUCUGUUGGAUGAAGAGAGCGAGGAAGAGGAGAAGGAGCCCAUGAUGAACGAGGCUUUCGAGGGGAUCAAAAUGAGGGGCGCGAAAAAUGAGACCAACGGCACGGCCAAAGCCAACAAGGUGGAUGAGGAUCUGAAAUGGGUAGAAGAGAACCUCCCGUCAUCGAUGGCAGAUGUCGCCAUGCCCACCCUGCUGGACUCUGAUGAGGAAACCUUGACGACCAAGUUUGAGAUGUCCAAGAUGGAGUGAAAGCAGAAGAGGACGGACGGACGGAGUGUCUGUGAAACGCAGGGGCCGGUGAACAGACGGGCGAACAACGCAGGUUAACGUCGGCGUAGAAGGUGGAUUAGAGAGAAGAAUGGCGGUUUCAGCGCACAUGUGAAGACGAGUGAGGGGACACAUGGGCGGAGGGGUUGCUUUAGUCUGAGUGAUUUAACCCCUGACUUUAUGAGCUUUGUAAGCCUUGAUUGUACAAACACGGGGAGUUAAGUCUGAGACGGCAGCACAAAGAUCCUUUUUAUGUUCGUUGCCUGUUAGUAUUUAUCUUUUGAGAGAUGAUGUUCUUUCUUUGUGACACAUUUGAUCUCUUGGAGUUCUCUGCUAUCGCGUGGCUUGUUUGUUUUUUCACAUGCGGGAACGGGAUUUUCCAAUCUCGUCUCAUCGGACAGUUUGUGUCCGAGCUCUCCCCGUCAGCCGCUUUUUGUUGGGUAGACGAAUAAGAAAGAAAGGAGAAAAAACAACCGUGUAAAUUAUAAUCUAUAUGGCUUUCGGUCCCGUUGGUUUUGGAAUCCAUAUUUUUUUUCAGCUUUCGCUCAGUGUAAUCUGUAUUUGAACCAUUAAAGCUGUUCACGUUUGGAUAAUUUUAUACUGACUGUGUUUGACAACUUUCUUAUAAUGUUAUUGUUGACGUUUUUUCAUCGUGUUCAUGAAAAAGAAUUUCUUCAACAAUAGAGGACUGAUUUGCUGCAUCUUUCGCCACCGGUUUCAUAAUCAUCACGUCCGGUCACUCGACAUCCUACUUGCCGAUGAUAAGAAGACUCGUGACACCUCCCCAGGGUUGUGGAAGUGUUUGCAUAGCCUUGACGUGCGCAGACCGUCCGUAUAGAACCCCUAAAACGUGCAUCAGGGCCCUGAAGCCGGCAGUCAGCCGUUAGACCGGUGAACUGAUGACUCAGGCCGUUUGGAAGAGAACAGCCUCUGAUUGACUUUUCAGGAGGGGAAAAUCAAAGAUUCACCAAAUAAAAUUGAAAAAAAUC